AUGGCAAUAUUCAAUAACACCACUUCGUCUUCCUCAACUUUCCUCCUCACUGCAUUCCCUGGGCUGGAAUGUGCUCAUGUCUGGAUCUCCAUUCCAGUAUGCUGUCUCUACACCAUUGCCCUCUUGGGAAACAGUAUGAUCUUUCUUGUCAUCAUUACCAAGCGGAGACUCCACAAGCCCAUGUAUUAUUUCCUCUCCAUGCUGGCAGCUGUUGAUCUAUGCCUGACCAUUACCACCCUUCCCACUGUGCUUGGUGUUCUCUGGUUUCAUGCACGGGAGAUCAGCUUUAAAGCUUGCUUCAUUCAAAUGUUCUUUGUGCAUGCCUUCUCCUUGCUGGAGUCCUCGGUGCUGGUAACCAUGGCCUUUGACCGCUUCGUGGCUAUCUGUAACCCACUGAACUAUGCUGCUACCCUCACGGACAGGAUGAUCCUGGUGAUAGGGCUGGUCAUCUGCAUUAGACCAGUAGUUUUCUUACUUCCCGUUGUUGUAGCCACAAACACUGCAUCUUUUCAUGGGGGUCAUGAGCUUUCCCAUCCAUUUUGCUACCACCCAGAAGUGAUCAAAUACACCUAUUCCAAACCUUGGAUCAGCAGUUUUUGGGGAUUGUUUCUUCAGCUAUACCUGAACGGCACUGACGUAUUGUUUAUUCUUUUCUCCUAUGUCCUGAUCCUCCGUACUGUUCUGAGCAUUGUGGCCCGAAAGAAGCAACAAAAAGCUCUCAGCACUUGUGUCUGUCACAUCUGUGCGGUCACUGUUUUCUAUGUGCCAAUGAUCAGCCUCUCUUUGGCACACCGCCUCUUCCACUCUACCCCAAGGGUGCUCUGUAGCACUUUGGCCAAUAUUUAUCUGCUCUUACCACCUGUGCUGAACCCUAUCAUUUACAGCUUGAAGAUCAAGACAAUCCGCCAGGCUAUGUUCCAGCUGCUCCAAUCCAAGGGUUCAUGGGGUCCUAAUGUGAGGGGUCUUAGAGGAAGAUGGGAUUGAAGGUAGGAAAUUGUCAGGACUUGAAUUAUGCUUAGGAAAGAAAGGGACUUGGGGCAGUCUUAUCCAUAGGCAUUCUGGUUGCUGAGUCAAUUCCAAUUGAAUUUUAGGAGUGGGAAGAAGACAGUAGUUUUCCCCUGAGCUUAUCAAAGAGUUUUAUUUUUUAAUACCAUAAUUUAAAACCAAAUUAAUUGAGUAUAUGUCCCUGAACCAUUUUAAACAAUGACAUGGCUCAUGUGCACAUA